AUGAUACAAGGUCGUCUAUGGCGGUAUUUAUUAAUCUUUUUCGGAUUGUAUCUUAUACUUGGUUUGUUUCUUCUUCGUUCAUUUACUUCUGAUAAUCGUGAAACAACAACAACACCAUCUUCACCUAAUGUACGCAUACUUGAUAAUGAUGGUGAAGACCUGAAAAUUAAUCAACAUCAUAUUGCUGCAAGAGAAAUUAAUGCUAAUCAAAAUCAACAAGCAAAUUUAAAUUUAGAACCAUUUAUGACAAAAGGUGUAUUAGGCAAUUAUGAACCAAAACAUUUAGUUGAAUCAUCUGCUCCUGGUGAAAAUGGUGAAGGUGUUCAUUUAAAAGGAGAUGAUAUUAAAUUAGGAGAACAAUCAGUUGCAGAAUAUGGUUUUAAUGAAGUAGCAAGUGAGAAAAUUUCAUUAGAUCGUCGAGCACGUGAUACAAGACCAGAUGAAUGUAAAUAUUGGAAUUACCCAAGUGUUGAUAAAUUACCAACAGCAUCAGUUAUUCUUGUUUUCUAUAAUGAAGGUUGGUCUACAUUAGUACGAACAAUUCAUUCUGCUAUUAAUACAAGUCCAAAAGAACUAUUAAAAGAUAUUAUUCUUGUUGAUGAUUAUAGUGAUCAAGAACAUAUAACUGUUCGUUUACCUGAAUAUAUUCAAAGAUGGAAUGGUCUUGUAAAAUAUGUUCGAACAAAACAACGUGUUGGACUUGUUGAAGCUCGUAUUAUUGGUGCUCAGACUUGUGAAGGUGAUGUUGUUGUAGUCUUAGAUGCUCAUUGCGAAUGUGUAACAAAUUGGUUACCACCGUUACUUACACGAAUUGCUUUAAAUCGUAAAACUUUAGCUGUACCCAUUGUUGAUGGAAUUGAAUGGAAUACUCUUCGACAUAAUAAAGCAUAUGGUGGUACACUUUAUAGAGGUAUAUGGGAAUGGGGAUUUUUAUAUAAAGAAGCUGAAUUACCAAAACGUGAAAGAAGUUUAAUGAAAUAUGAUACUGAACCAUAUAAAAGUCCAACGCAUGCUGGUGGUUUGCUUGCUAUCGAUAAAAAAUGGUUUUUUGAAUUGGGCGGUUAUGAUCCGGACAUUAAAAUUUGGGGAGGUGAACAGUAUGAAUUAAGUUUUAAAGUAUGGAUGUGUGGUGGUCAGAUUGAAUGGGUUAGCUGCAGUCAUGUUGGACAUAUAUAUCGAGGUCCACGUAAACGUAAUGUUCAUCCUCAAAAUGCAAAGCCACAACAAAGUCAUAUAAAUCAUAUGCGUGUUGCUGAAGUUUGGAUGGAUGAAUAUAAACAAUAUUAUUUAAAUCGUCAUCCACAUCAUGCUCAUUUAGAUAUUGGUGAUACAAGUGCAUAUAAAGCAAUACGACAACGUUUAAAUUGUUCGAAUUUCCAAUGGUAUUUAGAUAAUGUUGCUUAUGAAAUGGCUGAAAAAUAUCCAUUACCACCAGCAAAUCUAGUAUGGGGUGAAAUGCGUAAUGAUAAUUAUACAAAAAUAUGUGCAGAUGCACUUCAAAAUCAAUAUGGUCGGCCUAUUGGCAUCUCUGGUUGUCAUCAUCAAGGUGGUAACCAAUUAUUUCGACUUAAUAUUGAAGGAGAAUGGUCAAUAGGUGAACAUUGUUUCGUGUCGGAAGGUGAAACUGUUAUUGCAAGACAUUGUGUACAAAUGGGUCGAUGGAUUCCGAAAGGUGAAUGGUCAUAUGAUAAACAAACACGGCAAAUUCGCUCAACAAAAGUUUAUAAAUGUGUCGCAACUGAUAGUAAACGUGUAUUUUUGGAAAAAUGUGAUGAAAAGUAUAAUAUGUUACAUUUUUUAGCAAGACGUUCAUAUAUAACUAAUCGACAACUAUUACUUUUCUCUAAAUCAAUAAUUCGUAAUAGUUAUUAUUUAGUAAUACCUGAACUACCACCCGUUGUUGAAGGUAGUGAUUCUUUAUUUUAUACGGAAACAUUUCCAUCAUUUGAACAUGCAACAUCACAAGCAGUUGUAAGUGGUGGCCUUCGAUUAUGUUCAGAAACUGAUACAGCUAUUCAACAACAUGUGGAUAAAUUAGCACAUGAUUCAUCAAAAACAACAUUUGAAUCUAUAUUUAACCCAAUUGAAGAUCUGAAUGUACCAUUUGAAACUGGCUAUUAUACAAUUCGUCAAUUAGCAUUAGUUAAACAAAGAAUAUUUGCAAAAUUAUAUUCAAAAUUCGAUAGUCAUUUUGGUGUUCAUCGAGAGUUUCGUUUUCAAGAUCCAACUCUUUUUAAUCUUGUUCAAGAAUUAAAUACAAAUGAAAAACGAGCAAAUUUAAAAGAUUGGCAACAAACAUUAAUAAAUAUUUAUUUACAUUUUGGAAAAUUAAAUGGUUGUCAUUUAGAAAAUGAGGAACUUGAUCAAUUACAAUUACUUAACGGAAAACUUAGUCAACAUCAAUAUAGUUUUUCACAAAGACUUCUUUACAAUAAUAAAACAUUUACACAUCUUGAACUUGAUCCUUUCGCUUUUGAUGACGUACCAUAUCAUAUUAAACAACAAUUUGCUGUUGAUAAAGCUAAACCAGAUUCAGGACCAUGGAAACUUGAUUUAUCCGAUCGAACAUUUCAUACAAUAAUGACUUAUUCUGGUAAUCGACCAUUAAGAAAAUUAAUGUUUGAAGCUUAUUAUGGUCGUGCAUCACCAGUUGUUGAUCGAUUAAACCGAAAUGUAGAAAAUAUUGUUGAAAUAACUCGAAAACGAAAAUUAAUAGCUAAAUUCCUUGGCUAUUCAUGUUUUGCCGAUAUUGUUUUACAAACUAAAAUGGCUCGUACAAAAGAAACAGUUCAAGAUUUUAUUGAAACAACUCGUUCAAAAUUAAAACCAGUACAUGAUGAAAAUAUUCGUGAAUUAACAGCAUAUGCUCAACAAAAAGCUAAGAAAUCAAAAGAAUAUGAUCAAUUACAAGCAUGGGAUAUUGCUUAUUGGCGUCAACAACAAUGUCAAGAUUUAUAUUCAUCAUUAAAAAUUGAUUCAUUACAAAUAAGUCGACAUUUUUCAUAUGAAAAUGUUUUAAAAGGACUUUUUAAUUUUGUUGAAACUCUUUUUAAUGUUAAAUUUGAAUUAGACAAUAAUAUUGAUGAACAAUAUAAAUGGCAUAACGAUGUACAAGUCUAUAAAUGUAUAGAAAAUGAAACUACGAUUGGCCAUUUAUUUAUUGAUGCAUUUGCUAGACCCUAUGAAAAAUCAGAAAUAUGUAUUGGUACAGCAGGUCGAGAUCGUUGUCAACGACAUAAUAUCUUACCAAUUGCUUAUCUUAAUAUGAGUUUACCACGAAUUGAAGGAACAGCGACUCUGAUGACAUUAUCACAACUCAAAGAAAUGUUUUUUGCUUUUGGUCGUAAUCUUCAAAUUCUUCUCAGUCGAUCACCAAAUCAUGAAUUAUCUGGUAUACGUAAUCUUGAAGCGGAUGCACUUGAUAUUGUUCCACAUUUUUUUGUUCAAUGUCUUCGUGAUCCAAAUAUUCUUUCGUAUAUAAGUAAUAAUGUUGAAACAAAACAAAAACUUGAUGUUUCAAUUUAUAAUCGUGCUUUAAAUCAAAUUGAUCAACAUAUGAUAACACAUGAUGUUCUUCGACAAUUAUAUUUAAGUGCAUUUGAUCUUGAAAUUCAUACGAAUGCAACGAAUUAUUAUGAUGCUAUGGUUAAAUUAUGGCCAUUAUUUACACCAAUACCAUUACAUAAUCGUGAUUUUCAUCCAUGUAGUUUUGAACAGAUCUAUUGUGAACAAUUAGCAUCAGCUUAUUAUUCACAUAAAUGGUCAGAAAUGAUUGCAUGUGAUUUAUUUAAUGCUUUUAAAGAAGUAGGAAUAAAUAAUAAAGAUCAAAUUUCUGUACUUGGAAAAAGAUUUCGUGAAACAAUCUUAGCUAGAGGUGGUACAAUUAGUAUGAGAGAACUUUUUCGAGAAUUUCGAUCACGUGACCCAAGCUAUGAACAUUAUAUUCAAAGAUUAACCACUCAAUUUUAG